AUGGCAUCAACAAACACCUCCUCGGUCGCCAACUUGCGCGAGAAGUAUGAUUAUAUCAUUGUUGGAGGCGGCACAUCCGGCUUGGUAGUCGCCAGCAGAUUGAGCGAGGACCCCACCAUCAGUGUACUCGUUCUUGAAGCGGGUAGCAAUCGCAUUGAUGAUCCACGGAUUGCGGCGCCUGGUCUUGCACCAAGCACCUUCUCCGAUCCUGACUUCGAUUGGUGCUUUACUAGCCCGCCCCAGGAGCAUUUGAAUGGUCGAUGUCUUGCCCAACCUCGUGGACGAACUCUUGGUGGCUCAUCUGCCAUCAACUUGGGCAUGGUAAUCUACCCAAGCAAGACCGAUCUCAACUCAUGGGGGGAGCUAGGGAAUGAAGGGUGGGACUGGGACGACAUCUCACAUUAUUUGAGGAAGUCACAGACCUUUACACCCCCGUCUGCAGAGACCAGGGAGCAACUUUCUCUCCAGUACAUUGACCCUGCUAUUCAGGGCACUUCCGGUCCUCUCCAAGUGUCUUUUGGUGAUGGGCCAUUCCCUGCUUUCAAUGCAGCCUGGCCCAAGGUGUUUGAGAACCUGAACCAUAAAAUCACGGGAGACCCCAUGGCUGGUCUGGCAAAGGGUGCAUUUUGUAACCCCGGAAGCAUUCAUCCAACUACGAGAACGCGCAGUCAUGCCGCCGUGACGUACUAUAACCCUGAAGUUGCCCAAAGGCCCAACUUGAGAGUCAUAACUGAGGCUCUGGUUGAGAAGAUUGUGCUUGAAAGAGACGAGACAGACGAUGUUGUUGCGACUGGGGUUCAGUUCAUUGGAAGCGAUGGGGCUCAACGAACAGUCGCCGCUAAGCUGGAAGUCAUCCUCGCUGCGGGAGCGCUGAAGACACCGCAAAUUUUGGAGCUUUCCGGGAUCGGAGAGGGGAAUCUUCUCCAAAAGAAUGGAAUUGAGGUCAUCGUUGAAAACGAAAAUGUAGGCGAAAAUGUUCAAGAUCACGGCUUUGUUCCAUUCAGCUGGGAGGCAGCGGAUGGUCAGGUCACGGGUGAGGCACUCCGAGAUCCCAAUAUUGCCAUGGCCGCCAUGGAAGCUUGGCAGAAGUCAGGCGCAGGACCCCUCGGGCUGUGUCCCAUUCAUUCGGCGUAUGCGACCCUUCCGGAGCUACAGGAAGGCGAUCUCGCAUCGUUGAUCAGAGAACAUCUCGAUAACAAGACCCUGUCGCCGGGUCUUGCCGCACAAUAUGAUGUUCUUCGUCGGCUUUUGGAAGAUACGAAUGAGCCCUCGGGUCAAUACACCAUGGCUCCGUUCCAAGCCUUGCCAGAGAAGGGGCCGAGUAUGAAGGGAGUUUUUGGAAUGACUGAGCCAGAGAAUUUCGUCAGCAUUGUCGCCGUUUUGAACCGCCCAUUCUCUCGUGGUACCAUUCAUAUUAAGUCCGCAAACCCCAAAGCAAACUCGGUCUUCGACCCGCGUUUCUUCUCGCAUCCGCUAGAUAUGGAGUUGCAUGCUCGCCACGUUCGCUGGCUGGAGACACUCGCUUGGACUGAACCAAUGGCGUCUCUCCUCAAGCCAGGGGGUCGGCGUUUGCACAGUUCCUCCAAGGACACGACCCUGGAUGAGGCACGUGAGCUUGUCCGAGAUCGCUUCCUGGUUCAUUACCAUGUUGCUGGAUCCACUGCCAUGAUGCCCCGCGACAAAGGGGGUGUGGUGGAUUCCAAACUGAAGGUGUAUGGCACGGCCAACUUGCGUGUGGUCGAUUCAGGCAUCUUCCCUCUCAUUCCCCGUGGCAACAUCCAAACGACGGUUUAUGCGGUUGCGGAGAAGGCGGCCGAUAUCAUUGCCGAUGCAAGAAGCAAGGCACCGGUCUCUCGAUCACCUGCAUCUGAGAGUAGGAGAGUCAGUAAGCUGGUUUGA